CGUUGUAUAUUCCUCAAAUCCAUCUCCGAAGUCGUCCUCUUCUCCUUCUAGAGGCUGGGAGGACAUAAAUUAAGCUCCUUUCCUUGUUUCAAUUCAAAGGUCUCUUCUUUUCUGUUGAAGGAGAGGUGCAUUCGGAACCCCAUUUCAAAGUCGGUGGCUUUUAACUUUUUAGAACGCUAGUAAAUGGUAUUCGCAAUUCUGUGUUCUCUGUUGAUGUUGCUCAAAAUAAGCUGACCUCUUCUGGUUUUACGUCUACUUUUGGGUGGAGUACUUAUAUCUGCUGGCUGCUGAAGAUGCAUGUUGCUGCUUCCAUGUUAACAAUUUGAUAUGCUUCUGGGUCAGUUUUUAGUCCCUUCCUAAAUGUUUUAGUUUUUGUGUUCAUGCAUAGUUCUAGGCUCCUAGUUUAUCCAAUGAGGAUUACCCUUUGAUGUCCUCUCAUUUCUGAACCCGGGUUUUGUAUGGAAUUCGACCGAAAUUACCGGUGAAAUUGUUGCUCUUUAUUACCCAUCUUGCUAAUAUUGAGAUAUGGAGUUUGAACAACUGAAUAUGGGAAAUGAAGUAAUAGAAUUUGACAUGAUGGGUCUUGGAGACGAUGCUGUAGACAUUGAGCAUACUGUUGACGAUGAUGACCUUGUGGAUGAUUCUGCUGCUACUACUGUUGGGGGUAGAAGUGGUGGUAACAGUGUCGGUGGCAGUCAACUUUACAUCCCUCAAGGGGACUCCAAUCUUGAACCUUAUGAGGGUAUGGAAUUUGAAUCAGAGGAAGCUGCAAAGGCCUUUUACAAUUCCUAUGCUCGUCGUGUUGGCUUUAGUACCCGUGUAAGCAUGUCUCGCCGCUCCAGGCGGGAUGGUGCUAUCAUACAGAGGUCCUUUGUGUGUGCCAAAGAGGGCUUUCGAGUUGACAAAGAUAAGCCUAAUCGUCCUGAUGGCAGGGUCAAGCGUCCUCGUGCUGAAACCCGUGUUGGUUGUAAGGCCAUGCUUGUUGUUAAGAUUAAGGAGUCUGGCAGGUGGGUUGUUUCUGCAUUUAUCAGGGAGCAUAACCAUGAGCUGGUUCCCCCGGAUAAGGUGCAUUGCCUCCGUUCUCAUCGUCAUGUCUCUGGGUCUGCCAAGUCAUUGAUUGAUACCUUGCAGAGUGCCGGGAUUGGCCCCAGUGGAAUAAUGUCUGCACUCAUCAAAGAGUAUGGUGGAAUCAGCAAUGUUGGUUUCACUGAGCGUGACUGCAGAAAUUACAUGAGGAGCAGUCGACAGAGGACCCUUGGAGGAGAUACUCAAAUUAUGUUGGACUACUUGCGGAACAAGCAAGCAGAGAACCCUUUGUUUUUCUAUGCUGUUCAAGGUGAUGAAGAUCAGUGCAUGAGCAAUAUCUUCUGGGCUGAUCCCAAGGCUCGAACUAACUAUACUUACUUUGGUGACACUCUUACCUUUGAUACAACUUAUAGAUCAAACAGGUAUAGGUUGCCCUUUGCACCUUUCACUGGGGUUAACCAUCAUGGCCAGCCUGUGUUGUUUGGUUGUGCUCUUUUAAUAAAUGAAUCUGAGGCAUCAUUUGUUUGGCUAUUCAAGACUUGGCUUGCUGCCAUGUCAGGCCGUCCUCCAGUCUCAAUAACUACUGAUCAUGAUCGAGUGAUCCGUUCAGCUGUCACACAGGUUUUCCCGGAGACCCGUCAUCGUUUCUGUAAGUGGCAUAUCUUCAAAGAAUGCCAGGAGAAGUUGUCUCAUGUGCUUUCUGAACAUCCCACUUUUGAAGCAGAGCUCCACAAAUGUGUUGGCUUUGCAGAUUCAAUUGAAGAAUUUGAGUCUUGUUGGUCUUCUUUGAUUGAUGGAUAUGAUCUCAGGGAACAUGAGUGGCUACAAGGAAUAUAUGCUGAUCGGCGGCAAUGGGUCCCAGUUUAUUUGAGGGAUACUUUUUUUGCAGAGUUGUCUAUAACUCAACGUAGUGAUAGCAUGAAUUCCUAUUUCGAUGGAUAUGUCAAUGCAUCAACAACCCUUCAGCAAUUUGUGAAGCAGUACGAGAAAGCUCUGGAAAGUCGCCAUGAGAAAGAAGUCAAGGCAGACUAUGAUACAAUAAACACUGCCCCUGUUCUUAAGACUCCAUCUCCCAUGGAGAAACAAGCAUCUGAGCUUUACACAAGGAAACUGUUCAUAAAAUUCCAAGAAGAGUUGGUUGAGACACUGACUUUCUUGGCGACCAAAGUGGAAGAUGAAGAGGCAACCACCACAUAUCGAGUAGCUAAAUAUGAGGAAAUUCACAAAGCUUACCAUGUCAGUUUUAACAUUCUUGAGAUGAAAGCCUCUUGCAGCUGCCAUAUGUUUGACUUCUCUGGCCUUCUUUGUAGACAUAUACUGACAGUUUUUAGGGUCACAAAUGUUCUUACUCUACCUCCUUGUUAUGUUUUAAAGCGAUGGACAAGGAAUGCCAAGAGUGGUGUAAUAUUGGAGGAUCAUUCUGGUGAUUUGUUAAAUCGUUCACAAGAGUCUUUAACAGUUCGAUACAAUAAUCUUCGUCAUGAGGCCCUGAAGUAUGUUGAUGAAGGAGUUAAAUCUGUAGAAACAUACAAUGUGGCAAUAAAUGCUUUAAGGGAGGCUGCAAAUAAAGUUGCUCUUGCAAAGAAGAACGCUGGGAAAUUUGCCAUUACAAGUGAAACUGGCAGAGGAGAUCGCCCACAUGAAGGAAACCAAGCAAAUCUCAACCCUGCCAAUACUCAAGGGGGUUUAGAACAGCAUGCAUCUGUGGAUGACCAGGACAAGAAAAUUCAGAAACUGACACGUCAACUUGAGCGUGCCAGACGAAAAUGUGAAGUAUACCGUGCCAACUUACUUUCAAUUUUGAAAGAUAUUGAGGAUCAGAAGUUGCAACUCUCAGUAAAAGUUCAGAAUAUUAAGUUGGGAAUGAAGGACUGAAAUUCAAAUAACCUAGUUCCACUCCACACCCUUCCCUCCUCACUUCUCUUAGGUUUCUGUCCAUUUGUAGUUUGACCAAAUGACUAUGAAGUGUAUGUAAUUCACUGCCCAUAAAUAGGAAAAGAAAAUGUAACCAAAAUAUGAUAAUAAUAGAAAUAAAAUUCAAGCGCUUAU